UAUUUGUAUUUUGAGUGAACUGUGCCUUUAAGAUCAGAGCAGAGGGUCAUUUUGUUGUAGUGUUCCAUUGACCUUUCUCAGUAGAGCAGGAGAGUGACAGUAGAGUGGUACUUCCUGAAUGACCACAUUCCAUUUGAUCACAUUAGCCAAGUCAACACACCAGCCAGUAGGGAGCGAGAUGGACCCCUCCCUUUCUCUGUUGUCAUUCGUGGUCGUGGAGUUUGUGUUUCUUUACACAGUCACACAGCAUGGGAAAGAAGGGAGGGACUUGAAGGAAAUAAUACACACCGUUUUGGACAUUUGUAACAUUUUGUUUAAAACGUUAACAGAUCGAACAGAGAGAAAUAAGCCUGAGGCUUUUCAUUCCAGCCAAGGACCUCUGUCCACAAUACGAGCUGCCAUCAAGAGAACGAGAACCAGCACCCAAAGUGAACAGACCAGAGACAGAAGACGUCCAGAGAUCACCAUCCUGUCAGCCGAGCCGCUCACCGCCAACGGCUGGUUCCCAGGGGCUUCUGGGGGAUUUACGGCAGCCCCGCCUCCCUCCCAGCCCAUCUGGGGGGGCAGCAUCCAAUCAGAAACCCAGCCCCCACCAUCCUAUGACCAGGUGAUCAAAGAGAAGACCCAGGAGACCGUUGUCACGCCGACAGCCACCCCUCGGAGAUCAACGACCAUCGCCACCCAGACCGACCCUGUGGAGGAUGACGCCGCCGCUGGCCCAGAAUGCACUGCAGCCUCACAGCCAAUCGAGAAGAGACAGUCUACAGUGAAAAUAAAGCCUAAAAAGCCACCAAGGCCAUACUUACCCAAGCCUUUACAAAGUGACUCUACCACUGCAACAGCUGUAUCUGAUUCUAGUCUCAUCCAAGUAGACGCCACAGCCACUAACACUGAGAACCAAACUGACCCCAAGUCAGCCGCAACCCAAGCCAGCCCAAUAGAUUCCAGCUGUACAAUCCCAAACACCCGGUCUCUCUCUCCAUCUGUUUCUGUACAAUGGGAUGUGCCAAUAAAACCUUCGGAACCCAGCACUAUCACUACGUUCUUAGAACCUACAGUCCCCUCCUCAUCAGUCCCAGUAGCCACUGAACGUCCCACCCCUCUUCCUCGUUCUAAAUCUCACAAACAGCCAAUCACAGAGGAGGUCAAAGUUCAGACUCUGGUCAGGCUCAAUGGUUCCAGCUCUGUAGCUGACACAGCAGUCGAGGCUCCUCCCUCAGGGAAGUACCUACAGGAACUAUUAGAUGUGUUUUGUCCCGAGAACCAAUACGACCAGAACACUAGUGACGCUAGUGACUAUCAGACGCCAACUGACGGGAGCGACCAAAGCGAGGAAGGUGACGAGGACGGUGACAUGGCCGCCCUUCACAGCCAACGUAACAUCCGGGCCCGGAUCCAGGCCUUUGAGAGCCAGGAGGGCGAUGGGGAACCAGAGUUCAAACGACCAGAGCCUCUACCCAGGAACGCGCACCUCAAGCCCCCUGUGAUUUCAGCCAAACCAGCCCCAGCCCUGGCCCCCAAGCCCUCAAUCAAGAAGCCCAGUAACGGGAAUAACUACCAGGGGGCGAUCUCCAUUUUCUCCACUCCCUUUAUUCCCUCCAACCCAACCCCAGCACCCAGACCCGUGCUCUACAGAAAACCCAGUGUAGUCCCAGAACCCAAGGAACCAGAACCAGAGGCUCCAUCCCCCACCAAGACAGCCAUCCUUUCCCGGUCGCGGCUCUCCAUAGCGGCCAGAGCCAAGAGCCUCUUCCCCCAAGAGGAGGAUGAACCCAGGUUGGUACCUCCUAUCUCUCCAGAGAAGCCUCGCAAGGAGCCGCUGGGCCUCAACCUCAACAACCACAACUCGGCCUCCAUCACCACCACAGAGCCUGCAGUUGGCAUUAAAGACCAUAUCCCAGUGAAGCCUGUGCGUAGUGAUGUGGGCGGCAGUGGCUCCUUCACCAGACAGAGUGUAACCAGAAGACCCACCACCAUUAGAGUGCCCAGUAAAGGAAAACUGUUCGAUGGGACUUUGGACAUCCCUCCUCCUCUCCCUACACAGAAGCCUGUGGGGUCACAGCCAUCCCCCGUGACCUUUAAACAAAGCAUCUCAAGCUUCUUCCCCUUCCAGGAGUCCUUUGAUUCUGAGCCCAUACCGGACCUCCCUCCUCGGCCUGGUGGAGCUAAGGUCCUCCCUCCUCGCCCACCUCCAGCAAAAGUUGGCCCAGGAAGGCCACCCCCACCCCGGAUAAAUGGUCCACGUCAAUCCCUCUCCACCCGUAGAGCACCAGCUUCAUCAGCAGCUCCAUCACCCAAGCAGCCCCAGGCUCAGAAGACCAAGAGGAAGGGACCUGUGCUUCCCCCCAGGCCCAACCCUGGCCACCGUCUCUACAACCAAUACACGCUUGGACUUCCCCAUGGGAUAGCAGAGUUUGACUACAAUGGGAGAGACACAGGGGAACUCUCAUUCCAGAAAAAUGAGUUGCUGCUGCUGGUCGAGCAGCUCGACCACAAGACCUUUGAAUGUCAAGUGGGAGACAUCCGGGGCCGAGUCCAGAAGUCUCACAUGAAAGUCAUCACUCCUCUCUCCAGUGCCCCAGCUAAACCAGCUCUGUCACAGGGUGCCAGCCCAGUUGGGUCUCGUAGAGGCAGCAGUGGUCUGCAGGUGCAGGUCCUCCAUGACUUUACCCCAGAGGGUCCAGGGGAGCUGGGUCUGAGGGCGGGGGAUGUGGUGACCAAUGUGGAGCAGGUGGACAGUGAGUGGUACCGCGGCUCCUGUAGAGGCUCCUCUGGCUUCUUCCCUGUCAACUACGUCAAAGUUAUGUCAAAUGCACCAACACCGACCAAUGCAAAGAAGGCAAGGCCCCCACCUGCAACAGUCAGUGGGCCGAGGUGUGUGGCACGGUUCGACUUCGAGGGUGAGCAGAGUGACGAGCUAACCUUUUCUGAGGGAGACGUGAUUCAGCUAAAGGAGUACAUGGAAGAGGAGUGGGCGAGGGGACAGAUAGGGGCUCACACUGGAGUCUUCCCCAUCAACUUUGUGGAUAUCAUAGAAGAUCUUCCUCCUCCUCCACAACCACAACCCCAACGACAGCAAUCAUUCCCAAUCAAGAUGGCACUACCUGGCAUGGUUUCUUCAACCAAGACCCAAGAGGCUGCCAAACCCAUACAGUCUGGUUGGUCAGGAGUGGAGUGGGCCGUGGCUCUGUAUGACUUUGUAGGCCAGACAGAAGAGGAACUGUCCUUCCAACAGGGAGACCGUAUCCUGGUCACAGAGCAUGUAGACGCCGAGUGGUGCUCUGGAAGGCUCAACGGUAGAGAAGGAUUCUUCCCCACAGCCUUCGUAGAGACCAGCUCAGGCAACUCUCCAGUGUGGGACAGACAGCAGAGUGUGCCUAAUGGAGAAGGAAGCAGAGGGAAAGCCCUGUUCGACUUCACAGCUGAAUGUGAUGAGGAGCUCUCACUGAAGGCGGGGGAUAUCAUCACCAACUUGGAGUCCAUUGACGAUGAAUGGUUCCUGGGAGAGUUGAGGGGGAAGCAAGCGUUGGUGCCUAAGAAUUAUGUGCAAGUGCUGUCAUGAGUAAUCUACCGUUAACAAAGACACUGGGGCACUACGGGAACCAUUUUGUGUCUGUGGUUUCAUCUCAAGUAAUGACUUUGAACUAUGGAAAUAUGAGACCCUGAAAGACGAUAGGAAACUGAAUAUUCCAAAGAACCAAAGUGCCUAUUUGCCCCACUGGACUGCAGUAGUUCUCUAAUUUGAAUGCUGAAAAAUUGUCCAGUCAAUCUCCCACAGAAGGCUAUUGGGCGUCUUUUCGAAUGCAAUAUUGUUUUUUUAAUAGUAUUUAUAAAUGUGAAAGGAUCACUUUAUUUGGAUAGUCAAUCUGUAUAUGCUUUACAGGUGGUCAUACUAUCUGCUGAUAAGCAAUUGCUUGGUAAGGUUUGUUAGGAUAAGGGUUAAGGUUAGUUACUGAUAGUCUGUAGAGCAUCUACAGAUUGACUAUCCAAAUAAAGUGUUACCUGUGAAAGUAAUAAAAUAACUUUGUAUGACAAUGCAUCUACGAUAAUGGCUGGCUGUAACUGAUAAGUAAAUUGAACAGGCAUUUAAAUGACCCGAGGGGUUCAUGCCACAAAACCUUUGUCAGCCUUGUUCCAAUCCAGAUAUGCACGAUGUUGACCACACUAUUGCACAUUAAAUAUAGCCGGUGUAGUACACUAUUUCCUCAAAAUAUGAAUUGUGGUUCUUACAAUACUGCAUGUAUGUAGACCCUAAAAAAAAGCAUUUUCUGGUAAUUUAUUGUUCUCAAAUGCUGAGCUGGUUCAUGAAAUAAAGAUUUGUAUUAA